AUGACUCCAGUGUCCUUCCUUGUAAGUCCUUUCUCUCCUCUGAGUUACGACUUAAUGCUGUUUCUUCUUUUCCCUGAUGUAGACCCUGGACCUGGCAUGCAGAAGCCUCAGUUCUUGGUUCCUGUCAUGGCCACUCCAAAUGGAACUCUGGUCCAUCCAGCAUACUUCCUGCUGGUGGGAAUCCCUGGCCUGGGGCCUGACAUACACUUUUGGCUGGCUUUCCCCCUGUGCUUUAUGUAUGCCAUGGCCACCCUGGGAAACCUGGCCAUUGUCCUCAUCAUCCGUGUGGAAAGGCGUCUGCAUGAGCCCAUGUACCUCUUCCUGGCCAUGCUUUCCACUAUUGACCUAGUCCUGUCUUCUGUCACCAUGCCCAAGAUGGCCAGCCUCUUCCUGACAGGCAUCCAGGAGAUAGGAUUCAAUGUUUGUCUGGCCCAGAUGUUCCUUAUCCAUGCUCUGUCAGCCAUGGAGUCAGCUGUCCUGCUGGCUAUGGCUUUUGACCGCUUUGUGGCCAUCUGUCAUCCACUGCGACAUGCUUCUGUGCUCACAGGGCCUACUGUGGCCAAGAUUGGACUAGCUGCCCUGACCAGGGGAUUUGUUUUCUUCUUCCCUCUGCCCUUCAUCCUGAAGCGGUUGUCAUACUGCCAAACACAUAUGGUCACACACUCCUUCUGUCUGCACCAAGAUAUUAUGAAGUUGUCCUGUUCUGACACCAGGGUCAAUGUAGUAUAUGGACUCUUCAUUAUCCUCUCAGUCAUGGGUGUGGACUCCCUCUUCAUUGGCUUCUCCUACAUUCUUAUCCUGAAGACUGUGUUGGAGCUGGCUUCUCAGGGGGCAGCACUCAAGGCUUUCAAUACCUGCAUCUCCCAUCUCUGUGCUGUCCUGGUCUUCUAUGUGCCCCUCAUUGGGCUCUCAGUGGUGCACAGGCUGGGGGGCCCUACCUCCCUGCUCCAUGUGAUUAUGGCUAAUAUCUAUUUGCUACUACCACCUGUGGUCAACCCUGUUGUCUAUGGAGCCAAAACCAAGGAGAUCCGUUCACGGGUCCUCCAUAUGUUCUCACAGGGUGGCAGGUGA